AUUGCACUGAUUGCAGUGACUUCAAUGUUCCAGUCUCUCUCCUUCAAUGUUGGAACACCCCAAAUAGUUACCUUAACACCUACCCUAUCGUAUCUACAAUCCUAUCCGUUAAUCUCACCUAAUCUUGACAUUACAUUUACACCACAACUACCAGACUUUACCUACCUACACUACUCAUUCGUUAUUCCUAAACUCAACCGCUUCUGUUAUUAUUGUUUCUUACUUUCUCCUUCUCUUCUGUCGCUACAAUUUAUAAAUCUAACAAUACUGCACCGUACCGUAUCGCACCGUGCCUUUACCCCCUUUAACCUAAUAAUAACAUCUGCAUCUUGGAAAUUCUUUAUUAAGAACCCAAGAAACGCGUAAUCGAAACACAAAACCGUCAUCACGCCACACCAUCUCGUAUUAUUAGCUUCACAGCCUUUGCAAACCUUCGUCAUCAGCGAGCUGACCCAUAUCAAUCGAAGAAAUGCUGCGAUAUUAACCUCCAGCCUGUACUAAACUGCAUACCAUCGCACCAAUUGCGCAUUUCGUCCCAUCCUAUCUGUAACGCAAAUUCGAAGCUACCUCAGCUCUGUCGCUAUGGGAAAGAAGUGGCGAUGGGGUGUUAUACUAGAUGCCGGUUCUUCUGGCACUCGUCUACACAUUUACCGAUGGUUAGAUCCCGCAAAAGCAGCCAAGGAUGCAUCCUAUGAAGAAUUACACAGUCUGCCAAAUAUUGUUACCAAAGACAAAUGGACCAAAAAGAUUAGACCUGGAAUUUCUACCUUUGGCGAUCAUCCGGAAGACGUCGGACCUGAUCAUUUGCAAGAACUAGUUGAGCGAGCACUUGAUGUCAUUCCCGAAGACAAGCAUGCAGACACACCGAUAUAUCUGAUGGCUACUGCUGGUAUGCGACUGCUACCUCCCACUCAGCAACGAGCUGUUGUAACGGAGACCUGCUCCUACUUCCGAGCAAACACCCGAUUCUCUCUUCCCGAUUGCGAUAAGCAUAUUCAAGUCAUACCGGGCGAGACGGAAGGUUUGUAUGGGUGGAUCGCGGCCAACUAUCUUCUUGGAGGUUUUGAUAAUCCAGAAGGCCAUGCCCAUGGUAAGAAUCACCAUACCUAUGGCUUUCUUGACAUGGGUGGCGCGUCAGCACAGAUCGCCUUUGCGCCGAAUGCUACCGUAGCCGAGGAGCACGGAAACGAUCUCAAGUUGCUUCGAUUGCGAAGUCUAAAUGGCGCCCCCAAAGAGUACAAGGUCUUCACAUCUACAUGGCUUGGAUUUGGGGUGAAUCAAGCUCGCGAACGCUAUGUUAAGACGUUAUUGGACGAGUUCUUGAUCGAUGGAGAGCAUGAGGUGCCAGAUCCAUGUCUACCUAGGGGGUUGCGGACAAACGAAAAGGGUGACUAUGUCUCGGGAAGUUCAAAAGAGUUGUCCUUAGUCGGCACGGGUGAGUUCGACGAAUGCCUACGAAGAACGAAACCGUUGCUUGGGAAGGAUAUUCCGUGUGAUGACAAGCCCUGUCUAUUCAAUGGCCAGCACGUCCCCCCUAUCGAUUUUGACAUAAAUCACUUUGUUGGAGUUUCGGAGUAUUGGCAUACCACACAUGGUGUGUUUGCGAAUAAAGAAGACGACACGGCCUAUGAUUUCAACACGUACCAGAAGAAGGUUGUGGAGUUUUGCAGUCAACACUGGGAAGAAAUAGAUUCAAAGGUUCAGUCGCGAAAGAAAGAUCAUGGGAAGGAAGCCCAGGAAGCCUGCUUCAAAGCAAGCUGGCUGAUCAGCGUGCUACAUGAAGGAAUAGGCAUACCGAGAUAUGGCAUAGAUCAUGCCCCGACGCCAGGAAUCAACGUGACAAAGGAAGUCGGGGAAGCUGCUAAGGAGAAGGGAUUUUUGAACCCCUUCCAAGCUGCUGAUGAGAUUGACAACAUCGAAAUCAGCUGGACCCUUGGAAAGAUGGUGCUCUAUGCUGCCGGCCAAAUCCCCCCUAAGGAUAAUUAUCUCCUUCCUGUCGGGUUCGGCAGUAAUGUAAAAGGUAUCCCUCCGGAUUUCCAGCACGCUGGUUCCAGCUUUAAUACAACUUCGGCAAUCGACGACGACGACGAUUGGAGCGAUACCGCCGAAGAUCUGAUAGAUCAUGCAAAGUCGAAGUCUACUUCAGGAUUCUUUUUCUUUGUGAUAAUCUUGCUAUUCAUUGCCUUUUUACUUCGAAAAAGAGAUCGACGGAUGCGACUUUAUGGCAAAGUCAAUAAGGUAUUACGCCGCCGACGUCGGCCGGGCAGUCCCCGAAAAGGGGGUCUCGGUCUUUCGGUCAUCACAAAUAAGCUAUUCGGUCGCGGCUUCUAUAACUACGAAAGAGUACUAGAAGAGGGUGAUGCCGACCAGUUCGAAUUGGGCGAAGCGUCAUCAGACGAGGGGGACACUUCUGAUAGCAGCAACGGACGAGCUAGAGCUGGUCGAUCGUCAGGUCUCGCUACACCAAAACUAAACGUGGAAGACUUUGACGACCUGAAGAAGAACCCUCAUCCGGGAAGUGCCCUUGACCGGAGCGGACUGGUCGUCCGAACGGAAAGUCGCGAGAGACUCUUCCCGCAGAUGCUCACUGCUGGCCGGAGAAGUCGAGCGGGUAGCCCCACAAGACUCAAGAGCCCAUUGAUAGGUUCCAUGUCGGAGCAUUAGUACAAAGUUUUUCACGGAUUGUAUGUAUUCUAUUCUUGAUACCAACUGACACAAUCAUUCUUGCAUUGUUCGGGCGGCACAUUCUACAUAUCUACCUACCUACCCACCUUGGUAGGGAUGGAUAUAAAUUCGGAGUUACCAGGGACACCCCAUUAAGGCUCAUAGGGAAAGGAGUUUCAGGCAAUGACUGAGCAAAGGACAUGGCAAAGGAGUGUGGGAUGAAUUCUUCGUUAUUAAUGUGUUCUUCUAAAAAGGGGAACACUUUUUUCAAAACUUUUUGAGGAGUUGGUGAAGAGGAGGAGGAAGAAGAAGAAGCACUCUGGAUUCCCCAAAAAGACGUUGGCAACACAACAACGCUUCUUUCUUCUUCUUUUAUUAUUAUUUUUUUGAGUUGAUGUUGCCGUGGAUUACGAGAUUAGGGAUGUUACGACUCGAACGCUAGCUUAUGUAGCUAUACGUGGUCUAAAUAUAUGAAUAUUAUAUUUAUUAAAAGUUUGAAA